AUGGCAGGGCUCGCCCUCGGUCUCGCCCCUGCAGUCCGAUAUUGGGCUGCGACAGGAUUGUACGCCGCCAACCUUUGGACUUCUCUCCAUAAGGAGUGCCACUGCACGUGUGCCUUCACGGGUGAGCACGACAGAGAGCUGAUUCAGGUCCUGCAGCGACAGUUGGACAGGUGUGGCCCUGAGCAGCUUCGGAGCGCGCCGUCAGAGUGCCCGCCAGUCUUCUGGGAGAUCGCCUCAGUCGUGUGCCUCGCGGUGUUUGCCGCGUUCAUCAUAGGCUACCUCACAGGGCUGCCCGAUCUUCUGAAGACGGCCCGCCCGUGGGACAAGCUGUACUGUCUGUACAGCCUGGAGGAGAAGCAGUACCACGAGAGGCUUCUGUGCGCCCACGUGGACGGCUCACGAUGGGCGGUGGCGACGCCUGAUGGCGACGUGUACGUCGAGGACUUCGCCGACGACGACCACGUGGAGAUCCACCGAGCUGGUCCUCGUGGCGGGGCGCCGCCGCAGCUGCGCAAGAAGAUGCUGUACCGCUUCGACAUGGACGAGCAGGGGCUGAUCGCCCUCGUGGACGAGGGGGUGCGGCUGGCGGAGUCCGAGCGCCACGAGGUCCGCCACAAUCCAGUGGCGAGGCCACCAGGGGUUGUCCGCCGGCUGCGGGGGAAGCAGCACUCAUUCCCUGCGGUAGCGGACGGCGGCACGGACACCCCGCGUGGUUCCGAGGUCGGCUGGGCGGCCGGCGCAGCGGAGCCGCCGCUGCCGCCGCCAGGUCCCCUCCCGCCGGUGCAGCUGGAUGACAGCUGGGUCGCCCUGGAGUCGCGGCUGGGGUUCAGGCGAGGCUCUUCAGUGGACGUCACGUUCGCCACCGUCUACGCCAUGGACGACCGCGCGCUGGCCUCGUUCCCAGAGGGGGUCAUCACGCUUGGCCGAGUGGGGACCCUCUCCGACGAGGUGCCGCUCUCGCCUCGAGACGCCCAGGAGGACGUGCUGGACGAGCGCAUCCUGAGGUACCGUCGGAGCGGGACGGGCCAGCGGCGUCGUGCCUUCGCGGAGGUCGUCGCGGAGCAGCGCGAGGUUCUCUCCACGGAGGAGUGGCGCGUGCAGGGGCCCGCUACCAUCGGCGGGCUGCUUCAGGCACACCUGGGGCAGGGGAGCGGGCCCGUCCAGCGACAUUACCGGUGGCGUCAGAUCCUGGGGUUGGCCGCGGCCGACCCAGGGGACGACGAGCACUUGUUCCUGUGCGAGCUCAUCGAGACGGCGUUUGAGCUGGCGGCGAGGCGCUUCCAGCUCUGGGAGGAGGUGUACUCGGAGGCGCUCCGCCAGGUCGAGGUCGCGGGCACCGCUGGGGCCACUGCCGACUCGGAUGGCUGGCUGGACGAGCGCAGGAUCUUCCUCGGGGGCACCCGCUCCAAGGGGCAUGCGCUCGCGUCGCCGUCCCUGGAGAAGCACGUGGCGGAGAGGAUGCAGGAGGAGAGCGCCAUCCUGAAGGAGCGGCGCAAGGGCCGAGAGGAGCGCCGCAUGGCACGUGGCGCGGGCAGCAGCGGCGCCGACCGCCGGCACCAGGAGGUCUGGCUGCGCGAGGGCAUCGCCGCGCUGAACGACCUCGGUGGCCGGGGGGCGGACACUCCGGCGGGGGCCCCCACGGCCUGCCAGGUCGCCGCCGUGCGGCGCCUCGCGCAGCUCUACGGCAGGGUGGGGCCGCCGCCUUCCGAGGUGACUCCCCUGGGGGCGUGGCAGACGCUCCAGGCUUCGCGGAACGGCUAUGCAGACGUCAUGGCCGAAGGUGCAUCGACAACCUACAGGAAGGGGGCCAUGGCGCUCCCGCGGGCUGCGGCAGGGCGAGUGCGGCUUGUUGACGUGCUGCCGCCGCACCUGCAGUCUCUUCUGUCUGAUUCGUCGCAGAUGCUACGAGAGCCUGAGGCUCGCAAUUUUGCUUUGGGUGAGGCGCCCAGGGUCUGUGCCAUGGACCCAGUGCUGCAGCGACAUGGCUACCAGUUCGGCGAGUGCCUUUCUGAGCUGCUCGCCGCGGGCAUCAUCGAGCGCGCGUCCGAGGGCAGCAUCAUCGAGCGGGCUGGCAUCUUUUUCGCCCCAAAGAAGGACUCGUCGCUUCGGCUGAUCUUCGACACUCGUAGGUCCAAUGCCCAUUUCCAGGACCCUCCCUACACCCUGCUCGCGAGCGGGGAGGCCCUGGCGAACUUGGAGGUUGAUGCUGCUGAGGGGGUCGCGGUGGCCUCAGGCGACGUGGAAUGCUGCUUCUACCAGUACGAGCUGCCUUGCUGGGCACGUGCCUUCUUCGGCUUGCCAGCGGUCCAAGCACGUUUUUGGGGUCCAGCAGCCCGUCAGCAUCUCGGGGUGUCGGAUCCGUCCGAGAUGAUCCACUUCGUUGCCAGAGUGGUGCCCAUUGGCUGGUCGUGGGCCGUGCACCUCAUUCAGGAUGCCCACGCACACGUCCUGAGCAACGUCAGCCCGGAGGCGCCCUGGAUCGCCGACAAGGUUCCCACGCCGGCGCUCGGGGCUCAGUGUUCCACCGCCAAGAUGCUGCACAUCGACAACGUCGCGGUCUUCACUUCAGGCAGCGGCGACCCCACCCUGGAGGUGGAGCGCAUGUUGGCCGCGCUCAGUGCGCGGGGCAUUCAGGCUUCCUUCGACCGCGAGGAUGGGGACCUGCACACCCUGCUCGGUUUCGUGUUGCACAAGCCCUCGGCCACUUGGCGUCUUUCACAGAGCAAGUUCUGGCGACUGAAGUUCAGCCUCGAUUUUGUGCUCACGCCGGGGCGGCUCGUCACUGGGCGCGAGCUCGAGAGGCUGAUGGGCCAUAUCACGGCCGCCGUCAUGCUGCAGCGGCACAUGCUCUCGCUAUUUCAUGCGAUCGAUGAGUUCUGCAGGCGGUCGCGUGACAAGCGGCAGCCACUCUGGUCGUCGGUGAGGCGGGAGCUUUCCUGGUUCAGGCCGCUACUUCCCUGCGUGACAGUCUCGCUGAGCCGAACUUGGUGCGAGCGCGUCACUGCUACCGACGCCUCGCCUUGGGGGUUCGGCAACGUGGAGCAGCUGUGGCCCGUCAGUGAAGAUCGGCGUAUCGGCAGCCUCUCGGAGCGCAGCCGCUUUAGAGGGGUCCUGACGGCCGACUACGCCCCCAGGGACACGCUGGUCGAGCAGCAGCUCCUGCACGCCUCGGCUGCCGACGUCACCGCAGAGGGCACCCUGACCCACUUCGAGGAGGCAUGGGAAAGCAACACGGUGUCGGACAAUGCGGUACACCCUCAGCCAAGGGUGAGAAAGGCACACAGCAGGCUGGUCCUCUAUCCGGAGCCAUCGGCUCGAGGGAGCACAACCAUGCCAGCGACGGCGUACUGGGUCAACCCCGCCUACGGCAAGCGCGCCCGCGAUGCAGCGGCGCCCAGGCCAGCGCCAACCACCCGGCGCGCCUUCGGCUCGCGCGGCGGGCACGGGCUGCCAGGCCCUUUGGGCUCCCGCCAGGGCUGGACAUCCCCAGCGCCGCUGAGCGACAGGCCCGCAGAGGUAUGUGCGCGGCGGGCGCGGCUGCGUCCGCGGCUCUCGCGACUGGCGGCGCGUCGGGUGCGACGCGCUACCGAGCUCUCGUACCUGCGGGCGCUGACCAUGCUCUUGGGCUGGCUACGGCUACUUGCGCUUCCGUGCUGGACCCCCGCGCAGUGGGACGAGACGCUGGUGGACUACUCCGAGUGGGCCUUCGACCGCGGCAUGGGCCAGGAGGCGUUCUCACGCACCCUUUGUGCCGUGGCUUGGGGCGAGCCUGCGCUGGGAGGCCCCGCGCGGCGCCUCUUUCCCGCGGCGCACGCGCCGCUGUCAGGCUGGACGCGCCUCCAGCCGGGACACUCCCGCCCGCCACUGCCGCGGGCAAUCGCUCUUGCGAUGGCUGCCGUGCUGGUCUCGAUGGGCAAGCCGGACUCGGGUCUGUGCAUCCUGGUGGCCUUCGAGUGCUACCUGCGCCCGUCCGAGGCCGCGACCUUGCUGGCCGAGCAGCUGCUUCCAGGCAGGUGCCACGAGGUCGGGGUGCUACAGUACCCUCUCCUCAUUCUGCACCCAGAGGAGCUCGCUACCAGCUCCAAGACGGGCGAGUUCGACUCCACGGUGGCUUUCGACCUUCCUCGACAUCACUGGAUUGGGCGCGCGGCCGUGCGGCUGCAACGGCUUCGACGCGAGGGCGAGCUCCUGUUUCAGAUCUCCUACCCUCAGCUCCUGGCCGACUUCCAUGCCGCCCGUCACUACCUCAAGCUCGAAGGUUUGGGCUUCUCGCCGCACUGCCUGAGGCACGGCGGCGCGACCCGCGACCGCGCGGCAGGCUGCCGCUCACUGCUGGAGGUGCAAAGGCGAGGAAUGUGGAGGGCGGCGUCAUCGGUGCGGAGGUACGACAAGGCAGGACGGCUGGCGCUGGUCAUGCGGAGCCUCAGCAACGCCCAGAGGAAAGGCUGCGAGGUGUGGGCGGCAGCCGCACAGCGGUUCUUCGACAACGCCUACGUGCUGCCCUCCGCGCCAGCCGCCUCGGCGAGCGGCGGGCUUUCCUCGACCUCUUCUCAG